AUGAUACAAGAUGCCUUUGACAACCAGCCUGUCUCAGUAAUGGUGCACGCAUGUCCUGAUUCCAAACCACCUGGUUAUGCUCACUACAUCCACUUUGACGAGACUAUAGAGGACUAUGAAGUGACUAUUCAACGCAUCUUGGACAUACCUAACAUGUCCAAGGUGACGUUUCGAGAAUCUUUGACAAAGCACUUCACAGUUGCAUUCUGGAACAAGAUAAACAGAUUGUUGGUGGAGUUGCGCCAACGAUCAAUACCAACAAAAACUGGAUAUGAUCUAUUCUAUGGAAAUGAUAAUCAUCGAUUCGACUCACUUCAAUCAAUACCAUUGCACUCGAUGUACUUGAGCAUGAGGGAAUUUCGUCCCAACUACUUGCCCAACACGCUUAUAAGUCUGAGUCUUCUUGGUGAAUCUGGAUUCAAGCUCCCACCAGGUUCACUACCUUUACAACUCGAGUCCCUAAUAAUAGGGGGCCACUUCAAUGUCCCCAUACUGCCUGGCACUUUCCCAAUGUCACUGAUGGAUUUAAAGAUCACCGAUAACUUCAAUCAUCCAUUGGACUGCACGAACCUACCCGGCUCACUCACCAAGCUCUCAACUGAGGGAUCAAAUUUUGAUCAAUCAAUAUCCAACCUCCCAUCAUCCAUCACGGAUCUCAGGUUGGGAACGAUGUUCAUAACUCAUCCCUAUGAUCACACGACUGCCCAGACAAUGCAUGUCAACUCCUUCCUGCCUCAUCAACAGUUCACCUUACAAUAUCCCCUUCUUAGGGAUUUGUCCAUUUGGUCUUAUGAAAUGGUCGACGUCACAUCGAUCACUCCAGCCAACUUCCCCAUGUUGGAGAGACUAAAUUGUAAGAUCUGCUACAAGGGCAGUGAAUUUUCAACACUUCCGACAAUGUUGAGAAGGUUAUACUUUGAGCCCGAUAUUUCAGAACCCCUGGAUAUCUCUAGAGGAAUAGUUCCAAAGCUCAAGCCAUACAUUGCUCUACCUGCCAACCUAGAGAGGCUGACAAUCUAUGGACAUAUACCCCUGAACAGACUCCCAACGAUCUGUGUUGACAACCUUCCCUCGUGCCUUACUCACCUGCGUGUGCACUCGCCCACCUACUUUAUAGAUCCAGUCAAACUACCACCUGGAAUCAAGAAGAUACACUACACCAAUGUCACGCCAGAUCAUUAUAACAAUCUCCUUCGUCAUCUACCCAAUUCACUUACAGUGCUCAAACUACGAUUUAGACAACAAAAGAUAACAAACAAAUACAUGCGACUCUCCGACACCAUGUUCAUCAAGUUCCAAGCCAAGACUGUCCUGUUAUGUGGAUUCAUUGACCUUAAUACAAUGUUUCUUUAA